UUAAAAAUCAUGAAAAAAAUAAUAAUACUUUACAUUUUAUUCAGAACAGUUGUUUCUCAAUUAUCUUCAUCUGUCAUUUCAAAGCCAGGCUUUGGUUUAUGUCCAGGAAUUCUUGAACAAUUAUAUUUAAAAACUCUAGGUAUAGUUGAUAUUAUUGGAAAAUAUAAUGACAAUACAACCUUAUUAUUUAAAAAUAUACAAGAUGAACAAUUAAAAUUAUUAUUAUCUCAUACCGAUAUGGGUAAAGAACUUAUUGAAAAAAUGAUUAAAACAGCACGAACUAAAGAGAAAAAAAAUUUUACAAAUUGUCUUAAAAAUGGAACACAAAUUAUUAUCGAUGCCUCGGAAAAAAUUAAAUAUGAAAUUGAAGAAUGUUUUGAUAAUGCUGUUGUUAAUUACGAACAAUCUGUAGCUAUUAUUUCUGAUAUGGGAAAAAAUGUAACUAAUAUGUUUAAAGAAUUAUCAAUAAUUGGAAAAUGUCAUAAUUUAAAUAUACCAAAUGUGUGUAGGGAAUGGAUUGGUCCCAGUGCUAAAAAUACUGUUUCAGAAUUUGAAAAAAAUAAAUAG